GUACAGCUCAGUUCAGUCCGGUUAAAGCGCGCACUGACAGCGGAGUUCGCACGCACGCACGCACGCGCACACACUUGCUGUGAUUUCUCUUGGAUCUUUAUUAGAAACUCGACCAAAGCUCCGGAGUGCCAGAGUGUCGCUUAUGCACCGCAGCUGGCAUGAGCUAACAUGGAAACCAAACCUUUCUUGUCGCUAGGGUUCCUGAAAAGCCCGUGUUCAGUAGCGCCGCCCUGUGUGCAGGGCCGGUUGGGCGAUGCUGGCAGCUCGCCUUCGGGCUGCUACUGCUUCACGGGCACAUGCCCACUGCACCAUCGCAGGAUAUCCACAGACUCAUCAGGCCAGCAGUCCUCGUCUCCUCUGAGCUCCCCGACUGGUCACCGUUCUGUUGGCCCUCACGCACUUCACCCAUCCCUGCUCACCCCGUCUUCCAUAGGCUCCACACCGGGUCAGCUUCACUCACCCAUCAAUGGCCUAACAUCACCCUUCCCUGUCAUCAGCUCAGCCAUGGGUCAUCCCUCCAUCACAGGGCCUUCCAGCACCAGUAUGGCCUUCGGACCUAGUCUCAGUCCACAACUCAGCUCCCCCAUGACUUCAGUCAGCAGCCCGGAAGAUGUCAAACCUCCUCUGGGCCUGAACGGUGUCAUGAAGAUUCCAGCUCAGCCGACAGGCACCUCUCUCUCUCUCACCAAACACAUUUGUGCUAUUUGUGGCGAUCGAUCUUCAGGUAAACACUAUGGCGUGUACAGCUGCGAAGGUUGCAAAGGCUUCUUCAAGCGCACAGUGAGGAAAGACCUGACUUAUACCUGUCGAGACAACAAGGACUGUCCGAUCGACAAACGUCAGCGCAACCGCUGCCAGUACUGCCGCUAUCAGAAGUGUCUGGCCAUGGGCAUGAAGAGAGAAGCUGUUCAGGAGGAGCGUCAGCGGGCGAAAGAAAAGAGUGAAGCUGAAAUGGAGCUGGCGGGCUGUGCCAGCGAAGACAUGCCAGUGGAGAAGAUUCUGGAAGCAGAGCUGGCAGUGGAGCCCAAAACUGAAACCUAUGUGGAAGGCAGCAUUGGUGCAGCUGCCAACUCUCCCAACGACCCUGUUACAAACAUUUGCCAAGCUGCUGAUAAGCAGCUCUUCACAUUAGUGGAAUGGGCAAAGAGGAUACCACACUUUUCUGACCUGCCUUUAGAUGACCAGGUUAUUCUUUUACGAGCAGGGUGGAACGAGCUCCUCAUCGCUUCUUUUUCACACCGCUCGAUAAGUGUGAAAGAUGGCAUAUUGUUAGCAACAGGCCUCCAUGUCCAUAGAAACAGUGCGCAUAGCGCCGGAGUAGGUGCCAUUUUUGAUAGAGUGCUGACCGAGCUGGUGUCUAAGAUGCGAGACAUGCAGAUGGACAAGUCUGAGCUUGGAUGCCUGAGAGCUAUUGUUCUUUUCAAUCCAGACUCUAAAGGCCUGUCUAACCCAACAGAGGUGGAGUCACUUAGAGAGAGAGUAUAUGCUUCACUGGAGGCCUACUGUAAACAGAAAUACCCCGAUCAGCCUGGGAGAUUUGCUAAACUGCUUCUCCGACUGCCUGCUUUGCGUUCCAUCGGGCUGAAGUGUCUGGAGCACCUCUUUUUCUUCAAACUCAUUGGAGACACACCCAUUGACACUUUUCUAAUGGAAAUGCUAGAGGCACCACACCAAAUGACAUAAUGGAGCAGUGCCUUAACUCGCCCAUGACAAUGUCAGUCAGAAUCUCUGUAAAGAACACUGCAGUCUCAUGCACACUUCAGAAGGCCAUAAUGAGAUGUGUCUCAGUGACACCUGCUUUAUCUGUGAAAACGUCUUAUCUUGGAAUCCAGGAGACAAACAAAUUAGUUUUGGUGCUUGAUCAUUGGAAUUUGUAAGUCCAUGUAAUUACACAAUGACCAUUCACUAUUGAUUAAUUCAUAAGAAGGAUGGAUAAAGAGAGUCAUAACCGGUAUGCUUGGGUGGAAAUCUGAUUGCACGGAUUUUAGCAGAUUUUGUGGUCAAUAAUUUCUUAAAUACUCUGCCUCACGGAUACCUACCUCUGCAGUCUACUCUGUUAACAAUGGAUGCAAAAUUCUGCAGUACCUCAUACACACCCUUCUGCUCCACAGGACUCCUUUUUCUGACACCUCAUCACUGCCUUUAUUAUGGACUGUACUUUAAGUACUUUAACAUGCAACAUUAAUUUUCCAAUGUUUUUGCAAUUUUUUUUGUACUUCGAAAUUCACUGAUGAGAGAAAGUUGUAUAAGAAAUGUUUGUAUUUGCAGCACUUAACUGAUUUUAUUUUAUAUUAGCAAGGUGCCAGCAGUUGUUCUCUGCAAAGAGAAGUUUUGUUUGGCUGUAGCAGAGACGUAUCAAUGACGGAAUGGUCUAAAAUGAAAAUCAGGUGUACUCUUUGCCUGAAGUUUAAUAAUAGGAAAAAAGCAAUGAUUUGUUCUUUGUUGUUCGUGUAAAAUUUUUGAUAUUUGAUUGGCAAUAGUUUUGCCUUUAUAAUUCAUCUCGUUAUUGUAUGAAGCAUUUACAGAUUUUAAGAUUUUCAUUUAAAUGUCAUGCGAUGAUUCCCAGCAAAUCAGCAUUUGUGCUUAGAAAUAUGCAAUUAGGCUACGUUCACAUUAAAAGGCUGAAGGGCACAAGUCCAAUUUUUGUUGCCUAAAUGAGAAGUUGUCUCAAUUCAGAUUCAGGACACUACUAUAAACAGUUCUAGAUAGAUAGCCAUGUAAUCAUAUGAGAAUGUAGGCAACCCCAGUCUAGGCAUAUUCACACAGUGCUAAAUAGGAGAAACUAAUGACAGUAAUAGCUGAAAAAAAAAAUCGAAAGCUCUGCUUUAUUUUCAGUUAGUCAAAUGAUUUCUGCAUAGAUUUCAGUCUGUCGCCAGUUCAGAUCCAUGUAAUGACAGAUUGUGCUGCAAAUUCAUUACUACAGUGUCUCAUACAUGUUUGUUGUUGACAUGUGGAUCAUGCAUGCAAUAUUAUUCAUUUAAGAACAUGCUUAAUUAAGUCAUUACAUGGCAGAGGUAUGAGGUCACAAUUGUGGCCUGUCAAGGCAGAAAGAGAGACGUUAUUCUGCCACCUGGUGUUCACAGGUGAUGCUACAGGUUUUACAAUUUAAUAUUACAAACCAGAGCAAAAAUAUUUUAAAAUGGAAUGAAAAAGACUUGUAAUGUGAACAUAGCCUCUGUUAAGAGAAUCCAGAUGAUGGUCUGGCCUCAGGGACGUGGAAAGUUUGGGCUUACUCUGCCACCUGGUGUCUCACAGGUGAUACUACAGUUCAACAUUAUGCUGUACAGUAAUCUGAGGAAUCCUUCAUUAUUUGUCAGUGUUCAGACUUGGCAAGCAUUGCAAAAUAACCAGACCUCAGGCUUUGUAAAACACUUUUUAUAUCAUAGGUAAUUAGUCAAACACAUUGUGCAAUUAAUUUCUGUAUUAUAAGCAAACAUAUAUUCUUGUGAUGUCUGCUAAAAGGAAAAACUUGCAAGCUGAGCCAGGCUGAACUAAACAGUGUUCUUAUAUAGUAAAUAUACAGUUGAGGUUAUUAUUAUUAUUAUUAUUAUUAUUAUUAUUAUUAUCACAUAUUUUCAUAUUCACUGACCGCUAUUUCAGUUGUCAAAUAUUUAACUCAAUGAGAGCAGAAGCUACACUCAGGCACAUACAUGGUUUACAUGCAGAUUCUUCACAUUAAAAUCACAACAUCCUAACAGUCGUGAAAUGCUUACGAUUUAUCCUUUAUCAUCUUGCCUAAAGCCCUUCUCACCUGUAGCCUGAAUCCAGGUUUAAAACAGUGUCUGGGCAUAAAAACCAGCAUUAAGUCAUAGGAAGAACAAAAUAACUCUUCUUUUAUUGGAACAGAAUCCAAGCCAAAACUCUAAAAGGCCAUAAUCUAGAAUAAUCCUGGUUGCUGUGCCUCAUGGAAGAUAAACAGGGUUUAGCAGACCAACAGAGACAGCUGAUAUACUUUCCCAAUGAUAAGUAAAUUUUUGGCAAACCAUAAAAAGAGUUUGGUUUAAAGAAAAAUAUCUAUUUUUGUAUUGUAAUUAUCCAUGUGUUCCAGGUAUUUACAUAAUUCUGUCGAAUGUUGCAUACAUUACUUGUAUACAUGUUGAUUUGUAAAUUGAAUGGGUCUUACCCACGGAACAGAUUGCUGUAAAAAGAAAUUUUCCCAGUUCUUUUAUUAUUGUUGUUGUUGUUGCUGCUGUUUUUAGCAUCAUAUGAAGCAUUUGGCUUCACCUGGAAACUGCAAAACUUCAUAUUUAUAUAUCAGUACAAUGAGAAUAGGUUCAUUGUUUGUUGUCCUAUCAUACCGUGUUUAUUGUUCAAAAAGACAAUUAAAUGCUCAGUUUUGAAAGUUACUUUCCUUAGUGCAUGACAACUAUUAACCAGUUACAGACUUAUUUGAAGACAGCAAAAGUAAAAGUGUUUGUAUAUUUUUCACCAUUAACAUAGAAAUACAUUUGCAGUAUUAUUUACAGACAUCACAGUCAAGGCAAUUUGCCUGUUCAAUAUUUAAACAGCAGUGUACAAUACAGACACUGGCAAUUGUGUGAAAACAUAAAUAAAUCAAAAAUGAAAA